AUCGUUAUAGCCACAAGUAACAAACGGAGUAGUUUGAGCAGAAUAACCUUUUCAUUGUCCUCCUUGACUUCGACAGGAUUUUUAUUUGUGCCACAGACACCUUGUUAACAUAAAUGCAACUUUAUCACGGGUUGUUCGGUUGACGUCUUUCGAAGUUUUUAAACUUUUCUUGUAUUGGAGUGAGGCCUCAGUGCCAUGCCAGAGAAAUCCCAUAGCACGGCCCAUGACGUCCCAAUGGGUGAAGAAUCACCUCGGUUGUCCACUGCCUCUGUUGGCAGUUAUGACCGGGCCUCCACUGCUACGCUGUCCGAUUGUUCUGACUUCACAGAAGUCCAGACGCCCAUAAGCGUGGUCUCCACCAUCUCAUCCGGGUCUGGUUCCUCUCGGGAAGACGUUCUCCUGUCAGAAAUCCCAUCUACUGGUGUGCCUAUUGAGGACAACGCGGAUCUGGAAUUAACGCCUGCUGCUGAUCCGGAUGAGACUCAGGGCACUAGUCUUGCCCAAGCAACCACCCUCUUCCUCCAGCAAAAUAGCAGCAACACUAUUAACAACAACAACAGCUCCUCCGUUUCCAAUAGUUUCUCUCCAUUUGCUGCCAACACCAUGGCACCCAACCCUGAGCUCACCUACCUGGACCGUGUGGUCAUGGAGAUCAUUGAGACGGAGCGGAUGUAUGUGAGAGAUCUGCGGAGUAUCGUAGAGGACUACCUUGCUCACAUUAUAGACUCAGGAGAUCUUCCCAUAAAGCCAGAACAGGUGUGUGCUCUGUUUGGAAACAUUGAGGACAUCUAUGAGUUUAACAGUGAGCUCCUUCAAUCACUGGACAUGUGUGACAAUGAUCCUGUGGCCAUUGCCAGAUGCUUUGUGAUCAAGCGUGAAUAUUUUGACAUCUACUCACAAUAUUGCACCAACUACCCAAACUCUGUGGCUGCUCUAACAGACUGCAUGAGGAACAAAACUCUUGCCAAGUUCUUCAGAGAGAGGCAAGCUGCUUUAAAGCGAUCCCUGCCUCUAGGAUCUUACCUUCUCAAGCCUGUCCAGAGGAUCCUCAAAUAUCAUCUGUUACUACAGGAGAUUGCCAAGCACUUUGAUCCAGAGGAGGAGGGUUAUGAGGUGGUGGAGGAGGCCAUAUACACUAUGACUGGUGUUGCGUGGUAUAUAAACGACAUGAAGAGAAAACAUGAACAUGCAGUCCGUCUUCAGGAGGUCCAGUCUCUGCUCAUAAACUGGAAGGGACCUGAUCUGACUACAUAUGGAGAAUUGGUUCUCGAGGGCACCUUUCGUGUCCAUCGUGCCAAGAAUGAACGUACGCUCUUUCUCUUUGACCGCAUGCUCCUUAUCACCAAACGCAGAGGAGAACAUUACGUCUAUAAGACACACAUCUCGUGCUCAACGCUUAUGUUGAUUGAGAGUGCCAAGGAUUCUCUGUGCUUCAGUGUCACUCAUUACAAGCAUCCCAAACAACCUCAUUCUGUCCAGGCUAGGACGGUGGAGGAGAAAAAAUUAUGGGCUCAUCAUAUUAAACGGCUCAUUCUAGAGAAUCAUCAGGCUGUGAUACCACAAAAGGCAAAGGAAGCAAUCUUGGAGAUGGAUUCUAUUUACAAAAAGUAUAGGUACAGCCCUGAGAGACUCAAAAAGGCUGUGUCAUGCCAGUCAGAGGACUUUUCUAACUCUAGACAAGGCCGGAGACAGUCAGAUGGUCUACUACUUCAUCUUCCAACAGAACCAUCUGAAGAGAUCCUAAAGAACACUGAAGUAAUACUAAAGCAUUCUGACAGUGAGGGGGCAUUGGACGUUGACAGGUGGCCUUUACAAGCCUCUGCCAGCAUAAGCACUCAUGGCUUAUGUGAGUCUUCAGCUGAGAAGCCUGUUGCACAAGAAGAAUACUCUCCUGAAGCCCUGAUUCCCAGUGAUAAUGAGGAGCCCAUCCAUAGCUCGCCGUCUCUGAAGGCCAGAUUAAUGCAAGAGGAUGGGGAUGAAGCAGAAGGAGAGGGAAGUGACUCUGACGAUAUUCUAAUGGAGGACAACCAGGUAGCUGACUUUGCCAGUUCAAUGUUGGCUGCCAUUUCCUGCUGGCACUAUAGAGCCAGAGCUUUGCUUUCCAUGGACUUCACAACGGAUGAAGUGGGGUGUGAGGACACUGGGAACAAUUUUAAACAAGAAAAUGGCCCAUCAGUUGAACAGGUGGAGGCAUAUUUUAUGAAUGAAAAAUAUAUCUCGGAACAGGACAAAUCACAAAACCUGGAAAUAACCUCUUACUGGGGUUCCACUGAGAAAUUGAAGCCAGAUGUGUUUUGUGAUCCAGAGUCCAUAGAGAUGGACAAACAGGUCCCAAAUAUUCAGGAUCUCGAGUCUGCAAGAGACAAAGAUGAUCGGAAAGGUUCUAAAGAAGAGGCCUCAUCUCUGUUACAGCAGGAAGACACUCCUGGUGAUUCUUCAGAGGAAGAGGAGGAUGUAGAAGAGAAACCAGACUCCACUAGCAUCCUACCAUCAUCUGUGCUUGAUAAGGCCAGCACCAUUGCUGAACACUUUGUCUGUAGUGCACGGCGUAGUAGCAUCAGCCCAGAUGAAAUGCGCUCCCUUGGUUGCGUAUCUCCACAUCUACCCAGCAGGACCGGGAGCUCUCUAAGUCUAGGAGAUGCCCAUGAGCGUCAGCAUCACCUUGCUACCACCUGCUCUGAGUCACAUGGAAUACCACUGACCCAGGAAGCCCUUGCAUCAGCAAACUUCAUGAUCGGGUCAUCAGGGGAGGACAGUCUUUUUGACUCAGAUCGAAGCAUCUACAGAAGAAGGGAUUCAGUGCUUUCCAGGCAAGACAAACUACUCAUUGACAAGAUUAGGAGCUACUAUGAGAAUGCAGAACACCAGGAUGCUACAUUUAGCCUAAAGCGUAGAGAGAGCCUCACUUACAUUCCAAGUGGGCUUGUUAGAAAUUCUGUUAGUCGUUUUAACAUCAUUCCUAAAGAUAAAGGCCUUGCCCUAGAGAAGACCGCCAGUACAUCUGGACCUGUUAAAGCUCAUACCACACUCACAGAAUCUCUCUUGCUUACAUCGGCUCUAUCAGAGACCAAUGCAAAUCCAGCCUCCCUGGAACAACCUGUUAUCAGUGCUUACACAGAUUUUACUAGGCAUGACGAAAACGGAGACCUGUUUGACUCUGAUGUAGAUAGUUCCAUUAAACCUCAGUCUAUAGAUGGGAGUCAUGAGGAAGAGGUUUUCCGUCCCUCCUCUGAGAUGAUCAAAGUCUGGCAAGAUAUGGAGAAAGAGGUCACUAGAUGUCAAGGGGACUUCAAAGAACUGAGGCCCAGAGAAAGUCCUUAUUUUAGAGGGACCAGUCCCAGCCUCUCCAGGAAGGAUCCAAGCCAGAGAAGAAAGACAGAAGCCAAAGGCUGCGAUGGAUUGAUUAUAUUUGAAGAUUUAGACCUGAGCACUAUCAGAGAGGAGUCCUCUACACCAUUACCUUUUAAGGAGAAGGAAAACUGUGCAACCAGUGAGAAUGAUGUCAUCAGACCCAGACAAUGGGAGGAUGAAGGAAGACCCCUUAGAGCUCUAGCCUCCCGAGUUAUCCAGUUGAGAGCAGAAACUGAAGAGGAUAGAGAAACAGGAAAUCAGUCAGCUGAAGAUGCAGAUUCAUCCCAAAACAAAGUUUUCAGUCUUGCAAGGAAAUACAGUCAACGCUUUAAGUACACACAACCAAUGUUGAGACAGAGGAGUCAGGAGUCAGGAGAUACAUGGUUGGCUAAGAGGAACCUGCUUUCGGUGUUGGAAGAAAAGCCAGAGAAGGAGACCAAAGGUCAAGCAGACUUGAUGCUCUCCAUCGCUCCAUAUGACCAGCCUGAUUACGAUGGGGAUCAAAAGGCCCAGAUUAUGACUCCCAGCCCAGACUACACUUCUAAUUCUGUCAGUAGCCCAAAGGUCUUGUCCCCACACCUGUCCCAUUGCAGGAGUCCUCUUAGUCCACCACCUGAGAGCUUCAACUGGCCAGACGUUCGUGAGCUUUGUUCAAAAUAUGCACACCUCGGAAGCUCGUCUGCUCAGCCACCAGUAGGCCAAAGUCAUUCUGUGGAAGAAAGGAUGUUUGACGGCAGUUCUAGAAGACAUUCUAGCUGCUCUUCUAGCCGCUUAGUCGCCUCUAAUGGUUCCACAGACUCUUCAGUUUACAAGUUUUAUCCAGGAAGGGAUACAGGAGAAUUGCUGACUCAGACCCAGCGUGCAGGUUCUCUGGACCAAAAAUUGAGUAGUUUGUACUUGAGUGAUCUGCAUAGUCUUCAGAGUAAAAAUGCCAGCAGUGGCUUCUUUAUCUCCGCUCAAGCUACCCUUUCAAAUGAGGAGAAUAUAAUUGUGGUUGAGAAAGUACCUGAGGUUACACCGCCAGUAGAGAUGGACCAGCCUACACAAGAGUGCAAGAAACAGGAAAUAACAACAGAUGGAACAGAUGACCGCUACGUCCAAAUUCGUUCGCCAACAUCUCGUGAGAAGAUCUCAAUCAUGGCUGUCAUUGACCGCUGUCGGGCAUAUCAGGAGUCAGAGGAAUACCGUUUGAGGGAAGAUGGAGGAUCUAAGACAGAACAGUUACCUAAGAUUGAGAGGUGCAAAAAAAUUGAGAAAGCUUCAUCCUAUAGUGAACACUUAGACAAUGCUGUUAAAAAUGCACUGGAUUCUGACAAAAAGGCUGAUUCUAGUCAACACAGUGUUGUCAAGAAUCUCCGAGAAAAAUUCCAAAACAUAAGAUAAAAUCACUUGUUUUAAGACAAAUAUGUAUGGGCAGCACAUAUCAUGCUGAAGUCACCUCUAAUGGCUCCACAGACUGUUCAGUUAACAGCUUUUAUCCAGGAAGGAUAAAACAGAAAUCUUCUGGCAAAUUGAAACCUCAAAACUAAUAUUCUUUACAUUUUGCAUGCUAUUUUACUGGUAUUUUGCACACUGUAUGAUCAUGUAGCCUACUGAUAUUGAGAAACCUGUGGAUUUUUAAUGGUCUGAAUGUCAGGCAGAAAGUGUAAAUAUUGUUGUACAUUUUUUGUUGUACAUGCAUUCUUUCUGUUGUACCAUUUACAUACUUGAUAUAGUAGAUAUACAUAUAUGUAUUUGGUAGUCAUUUUACAUAAAUGACAUACUUGUUUAUAAAUAUUUAUACAUUUUGGGUAAGGUAUUUCAAUGAAUGUCAUAUUUGAUCUAAAGAUUUCUUUAGCAAGGGAUAAAGUCUAGUCUAUACUACAAAAUAAGCCCUGGCAGAGUAGUGUAAUUCAGUUAAAAUAUAAAUGUAA